AUGGCACAUGAAAACGAGAGCGUGCGACUAACACCAUCAAUAAUCCCCGACCUUCCCAAUUAUGAUGUUAAAGAAUCAUCUUUCUUUACAAGAUGGGAACAAUUACCUACCCCGGAAGAAGUGCAAGCACAAACCAAAGCCCAGCAUCUCGCAGGAAUAAAUCCAGAUCGAAGGAGAGACUAUUCCACCGACUCAUUUCAUGUUAGACCACCGCCUGUCCUAUUUGAAGAAAUGAACAUGCUUGUUAAGUGGGGAAUGUCUCUCAAAAUGUCCGAAGCUUACUGUUUAUAUGCUAUCCGCCGACUUCUCAAGGAGCAUGUCCCCGUCCCCGAGGUAUAUGGAUGGCGCACUGAAGGAGAGGUGAUAUACAUCUACAUGGAGUAUGUGAAGGGAAAGACGUUGGAGCAAGCAUGGGAUACCAUGGCAGAAGAAGAUAAAACAAGCAUCUGUCAUGAGCUGAGAAUAAUCUGCGAUCGACUUCGUCAACUCGAACAGGACCCGGAGGAUACAUUCGUCGGCAACAUCGCGCAAAACCCCAUCUACGACAGAACCUUCAGCAUCAAUCACCUACAUGAAGCAGGCCCAUUCCCCACCGUCCGCCAAUUCCACGACUGGUUCACAUUCCUUCCCCGACGACGGAUGUCGGAACCAUACUCUGUGCCCAUAGAAGCAUAUCGCUAUGGUCUUCCAGACCACUGUGCCAUCAAAUUCACGCAUGGCGAUCUCCAUCGCAGUAACAUCCUCGUCACAUCCUCUCCUCCAUACCGUGUAAUGGCAAUCAUCGACUGGGAGCAAUCCGGCUGGCUACCUGCAUACUGGGAAGUGCGCAAAGCGCAAAUGUCAGCUUGGGAUGAUGGUGAAGAAUGGGCAUCGGACUAUCUUCCCAUAAUUCUGGAUGGAUUUGAAAAUACGGUGGAUUCAUGGUGGUGGUAUAUAGCCGCUUUGGGACCUUGA